AUGGAAAGGGAGAGGAGGGGCAAGGAUGAAGAGGAGGGGAGCAAGGAUAGAGAGGAGGAGAGCAAGGAUGGAGAGGAGGAGAGCAAGGAGGGAGAGGAGGGGGCAAGGAGAGAGAGGGAGAGGAGGGGAGCAAGGAUGGAAAUGGAAGGAGGGGGCAAGGAGAGAGGGAGAGGAGGAGAGCAAGGAAGGAAAGGGAGAGGCGGGAGCAAGGAGGGAGAGGAAGAGGAGGGGAGCAAGGAGGGAAAGGGAGAGGAGGGGAGCAAGCAGGGAGAGGAAGAGGAGGGAGCAAGGAGGGAGAGGAGGAGAGCAAGGAUGGAGAAGAGGGGAGAGGGAGAGGGAGAGGAGGGGAUCAAGCAGGGAGAGGAAGAGGAGGGAGCAAGGAGGGAGAGGAGGGGAGCAAGGAUGGAAAGGGAGAGGAGGGGCAAGGAUGAAGAGGAGGUGAGCAAGGAUAGAGAGGAGGAGAGCAAGGAGGGAGAGGAGGAGAGCAAGGAUGGAGAGGGAGAGGAGAGGAGCAAGGAGGGAGAGGAGGAGAGCAAGGAUGGAGAGGGAGAGGAGAGGAGCAAGGAGGGAGAGGAGGAGAGCAAGGAUGGAGAGAAGGGGAGCAAGGAUGGUAAGGAGGAAAGCAAGGAUGGAGAGGGAGAGGAGGGCAGUAAGCAGGGAGAGGAAGAGGAGGGAGCAAGUAGGGAGAGGAGCAAGGAUGGAGAGGGAGAGGAGGGGAGCAAGGAUGGAGAGGAGGAGAGCAAGGAUGGAAAGGGAGAGGGGGGGCAAGGAUGA